UAGAAAAAAAACAACAACACAAAAUCGAAAUGAACAUGGAUUUAUUGACAGUUAAAACUGUGUUUGUAAUUGUCUUAAGCGCGUUUCAGCUGGUGACGUCAUUUCCAAGCGGACCACCAAGAAGCGCAUGCGUGAACUUACUUCCGGUUCAUAUGAAAGGUGGGCAGCGGCUGCGGCCCCAGAACACCUCGUGCCCUUACUCCAUUACAGUGAACGUGACGUCAUAUGGUCCAGGGAGCGUCAUAUCCAUAAGGGUACACAGUUAUGUGCGGGCGAUGUUCCGGGGACUGAUGUUACAAGUGCGGCCGCUGCCGAAUAAAAAUGGCGAAUCUUAUAAAGACGAGCCUCUAGGAACGUACAUCAGAGAGGUGGAAAAUGUGAGGAUGAUGACGUGCGGAAAUUCCCUGGACACCAUCGCCCACAAAGACGGUUUUUCAAAGAUAGAAGCUAAGUUCGUCUGGACGGCGCCCCUGAUGACAAAAAAUGACGUCCAAGUGACGGCAACUAUUCUUAAAAACUUUACCCAUUUCUGGUCUGACGUCAAGUCUCCGCCGAUUCGGAUUAACAGAGAACCCGGCACUCAACUUCCGGUGGAGACACUAGAAAAGCCAUGGGUUAAGGAAAUAGUUAUGUCCGCGGAGGCGCGAAAUGAUAAGAAAAUGGCACGGAAGUUAGUGAAAGAUCGGUUUGAGAAGGGGCUUAAAGGCGUCGUCGAUCCCAAUGGGUAUAUUAUGGUGAGCUACGUAGCGGACUUGCUUCCGUUCGAGGACAGAUGGGCGGUGGCGCAGCAAGUGAUUACGUCAAACCUUGAGGCGUCACAGAGUCUAGAGACGUCACUUGACGUCACGGAGGAUGAGUUCGAUACGAAGGUGCGAAGACCUGGGGCGAUUGGAAUCGAGGUGCCGGUAGGAAUCAAAGUGGUUGAAGGCAAUUCGACAGUCGGAAAAUCAGACUAUGUGAAGUUUUUACGGGAAGUGAUUCACGGGGACCAUUCACACAUUAAGGAACUUACAAACAUUGUUGAAGAUGGUGACCAAGGAAUCCAACACUGAGGCUGUAUUUUUAGCUUGGUGUCAUCAUAGAUAAGCUUAAAUGUCGCCCAUUUCUAUAUGGCAAAUAUGUAACUAUCGAUAAUGGUUCGGAAUAAAGUGAAACAUGACCCUUAAUUCAAGCAAACGAUUGGUUGGGCGAAAAUAAUAUUAAGAAAAUAAGUUUGUCUACAUAAGUGUCACAAUACUGAUUUAUAAUUUAACAUUCGAAUCACAUACCGCUGUUAGAAUUGCAUGAAUUGAAUU